AGAAAAAGCAGCAGCAGCAGCAGCAGCAGAAGAAGAAGAAGACGAACAAGAAGAAAACAACCUCCCGCUCUGCCUGCUAGCCAGGAUACAAAACCAAAGCUGAGCUGUAAAAACACAAUCAGGACUUGAACAUCCAUUGUGUCGUCCCGAAUGGGGUUUGACAAGUUCUGCAGUCUGGACAAUUCCGAUCCAAUUUGGGAUUGGAACCGUACAUGGUACACUGCUAAUCCAGACCUCACCCAGUGCUUCCAAAACACUGUCCUGGUGUGGCUACCAUGCCUAUACCUCUGGAUGUGUGCCCCCAUAUACCUCAUCUACCUCCGCAGCCAUGACCAUGGUUACAUUUGUAUGAGUCACCUCAACAAAGCCAAAACUGCUGUUGGUCUUCUACUGUGGAUUAUCUGCUGGUCAGAUGUUUUCUAUUCUUUCUGGGAAAGAAGUCAUGGCAGCAGUAUCCCCGCACCAGUCCGCCUAGUCAGUCCAACCUUACUUGGCCUCACCAUGUUGCUGGCCACCCUGUUAAUCCAGUAUGAACGGAUGAAAGGGGUUCAGUCAUCUGGAGUAAUGCUGAUCUAUUGGCUGGUGGCACUUCUGUGUGCCACAGUUAUCUUCAGGUCCAAGAUCCUCCAGGCCCUGGACCAGCAAUUGACGGUGUGUGUGUGGAGGUACACCACCUUCUAUAUCUACUAUGUUCUGCUACUAGUUGCUCUGUUCCUGUCCUGCCUGACAGACCAGCCCCCUCUCUUCUCCCAGGCCAUUAAAGACUUGAAUCCCUGCCCUGAGCCUGGAGCUUCUUUCCUCUCCAGAAUAACCUUCUGGUGGAUCACCAGGAUGAUGGUGACAGGCUACAAGCGACCACUGGAGGAAAAGGACCUGUGGUCUCUGAAUCCUGAAGACUGCUCCCAGAGAGUGGUUCCAAAGCUGGUGUGUUGCUGGAACACAGAGUGCCAAAAAGUCAAAAGGACAGAGCAGAAAACAUUGUAUUCCCCCAAGCGGGUCCUGCAUACUGAGAGCAAAGAGGGCCAAGCUGUGGAAGAGUCUGAAAUCUUGCUUGUAAAAUCUCCCCAGAAGACAAAGGAGGCAUCCCUGUUCUGGGCGCUGUGCCUGACCUUUGGGCCCUACUUCCUCAUCUCCUGCCUAUAUAAGAUCAUCCAGGACAUUCUCAUGUUUGUUGGCCCUGAGAUCCUCCGGCUGCUGAUCCGCUUCGUCAACAACUCCAGUGCACCCUCCUGGCAGGGCUACUUCUACACCGCUCUGCUCUUCAUAUGUACCUGUGUGCAGUCACUAAUCCUCCAGAAGUACUUUCACGUCUGCUUUGUCUCAGGCAUGCGUCUGCGCACUGCCAUCAUCGGAGCUGUCUACAGGAAGGCAUUAGUUAUAAGUAGCGCAGCACGCCGCACCUCCACAGUGGGAGAGAUUGUCAACCUGAUGUCAGUGGAUGCUCAGCGCUUCAUGGACCUCAUCACUUACAUCAAUAUGAUAUGGUCUGCUCCUCUGCAGGUGGUGCUGGCCCUCUACUUUCUCUGGCAGAACCUGGGUCCGUCCGUAUUGGCUGGAGUGGCUGUGAUGGUACUAUUGGUUCCAGUUAAUGCUGUCAUCGCCAUGAAAACAAAAACCUACCAGGUGGCUCAGAUGAAGAGUAAGGACAAUCGCAUUAAGCUUAUGAAUGAAAUGCUGAAUGGCAUCAAAGUGUUGAAGCUCUAUGCCUGGGAGCUGGCCUUUAAGGACAAGGUAUCGGAAAUCCGUGAGAGUGAGCUGCAGGUCUUGAAGAAAGCUGCCUACCUGGCUUCAAUGUCCACCUUCACCUGGGUCUGUGCACCUUUCUUGGUGGCCCUGUCCACUUUUACUGUGUAUGUGCUGAUCGACGAAAAUAACGUGCUUGAUGCCCAAAAGGCCUUUGUGUCACUUGCACUCUUCAACAUCCUCCGUUUUCCUCUCAACAUGCUGCCAAUGGUCAUCAGUAGUAUGGUGCAGGCCAGUGUGUCCUUGACACGACUGAGAGUGUUUCUAUCACAUGAGGAGCUGCAGGAAGACAGUGUGGAACACAAAGCAUUAGCAGCCUCCCCACACAGUAUCUCCAUAGUGGAUGGAGUUUUCAGCUGGUCCAGAACUGAAUCACCAACACUCAAGAAGCUGAAUGUGUGUAUUGCAGAAGGCUCGCUGGUGGCCGUGGUGGGACACGUGGGUUCAGGAAAGUCCUCGUUGCUCUCUGCCCUGCUCGGGGAGAUGGAGAAACUAGAAGGAACUGUGGCUGUCAAGGGUUGGGUGGCCUACGUUCCCCAGCAGGCCUGGAUCCAGAAUUCCACACUGAAAGACAACAUUAUGUUUGGUCAGGAGAGGCGAGAGUCCUGGUAUCAGCAUGUGCUGGAGGCAUGUGCCCUUCAGCCUGACCUGGAGAUCCUUCCUGCUGGAGACGAGACAGAGAUUGGAGAGAAGGGAGUGAAUUUGUCUGGAGGUCAGAAGCAAAGGGUGAGCCUGGCCAGGGCUGUCUACUGUGACCGUGCCGUGUACUUGCUGGAUGACCCACUGUCUGCAGUUGACGCUCAUGUAGGAAAACACAUUUUUGAUCAAGUCAUCGGCCCACAGGGACUGCUGAAGGAAAAGACUCGUGUGCUGGUAACUCAUGGGCUGAGCUACCUGCCCCAGGCUGACCUGAUCCUGGUCAUGGUAGAGGGAGAGAUCACGGAGAUGGGCUCCUACCAGCAUCUCAUGGCCACAGAGGGAGCCUUCGCUGAGUUUUUGCGAACAUACACUGCUGCUGACCACACUGACAACACAGAAUCUGUGCCAAAGAAUGAAACCAAAAGAACAGAGAAUGGAAGAACAGCUACUCUUGAUGGUUGCACUCCAGGUGUCAGCAGUGUGUCCAAACUGUCCCAGAUGGGAAAGGGGGAGAAGGUGCUGAGCAAAAAGGCCAAGAACCCUGUGGUGGGCAAAUUGACAGAGGCUGACAAGGCCAGCACUGGACGGGUCAAGCUUUCUGUGUUCUGGUCCUAUCUGAAAGCCAUUGGAGUGCUUCUGUCCUGUGUUGGUCUGCUGCUACUCCUCACCCACCACCUGGUCUCUCUGUUCUCCAACUACUGGCUGAGCCUGUGGACUGAUGACCCUGUGGUUAAUGGCACUCAACCUAACAGACUGAUGAGACUUGGGGUGUAUGGUGCUCUCGGCCUGUCCCAGGGUGUGGCAGUCUUUGGUUACUCUCUCUCUAUGUCCAUCGGGGGAAUCCUGGCAUCCCGCUGCCUUCACCAGUCCAUGCUGUAUGACAUACUGCGGUCACCUAUGUCCUUCUUUGAGCGAACCCCCAGCGGCAACCUGGUCAACCGCUUUGCCAAGGAGAUGGACACAAUUGACUCAGUGAUCCCCAGCAUUAUUAAGAUGUUCAUGGGCUCUAUGUUCAAUGUGUUGGGUGCUUGUGCUGUCAUACUGAUUGCCACACCACUGGUAGCUAUCAUCAUUCCAGUUCUCGGUCUGCUCUACUUUUUUGUGCAGAGGUUUUAUGUGGCGUCAUCUCGGCAGCUGAAGCGUCUGGAGUCAGUCAGCCGUUCACCCAUCUACACCCACUUCAGUGAAACACUGCUGGGCACCUCCGUCAUCCGAGCCUUUGGUGAACAGGAGCGCUUCAUCCGUGAGAGUGACCAGCGAGUGGACCACAAUCAGAAAGCUUACUACCCAAGCAUUGUAGCAAACAGGUGGCUGGCAGUUCGCCUGGAGUUUGUAGGAAACGUCAUCGUUUCAUUUGCUGCUUUGUUUGCUGUCAUAGCCAGAGAGAGGCUCAGUCCAGGCAUCAUGGGGCUGUCUAUCUCCUAUGCCCUCCAGCUGACUGCCUCCCUGACCUGGCUGGUAAGGAUGUCCUCAGAUGUGGAGACCAACAUAGUGGCUGUGGAGAAAGUAAAAGAGUACAGUGACACAGAGAAAGAGGCAGAGUGGAAACUCGAGCCCUCCAGCCUCCCCCCAGGGUGGCCAACUGAUGGCUGCAUAGACAUCAGAGGCUUCAGCCUGCGCUACCGCCAUGAUCUGGACCCGGCCAUUCGCAACAUCACCAUCAACAUUAAUGGAGGAGAGAAGGUGGGGAUUGUGGGACGCACUGGAGCGGGGAAGUCAUCCCUGACCUUGGGGCUGUUUCGGAUCAUUGAGGCAGCCGAGGGCCACAUCUUUAUUGAUGGGGUUGACAUUGCUCAGCUGGGUCUCCAUGAGCUCCGUUCCAGAAUUACCAUCAUACCACAGGACCCAGUGCUGUUUUCAGGCUCUCUGAGGAUGAACCUGGAUCCUUUUGACAGUUACUCUGAUGAGGAAGUAUGGAGGGCUCUGGAGUAUUCCCAUCUCAAGUCCUUUGUGUCGGUCCUGCCCAACAAACUCAGCCAUGAGUGCAGUGAAGGAGGAGAGAACCUCAGUGUGGGUCAGCGGCAGCUGCUGUGCCUGGCCAGAGCUCUGCUAAGGAAAACCAAGAUCCUUGUCCUGGAUGAGGCUACGGCUGCUGUUGACAUGGAGACAGACAACCUGAUCCAGUCCACCAUCCGCUCUCAGUUUGAGGGCUGCACCGUCUUGACAAUAGCUCAUCGCCUUAACACUAUCAUGGACUACACCAGAGUCCUGGUGUUGGACAAAGGAGAGAUGACAGAAUUUGAUUCCCCCUCCAAUCUCAUCGCUCAAAGAGGAGCCUUUUACGAGAUGGCCAAGGAUGCUGGGCUGGUCUGAAAACAGAAGGGACCUCACUUUGUCCAGCUGCUCCUCCCAGCCCCUCUGGCUCCCUGCUAUGGAGGUCCUGUGUUAAAGAGUCAGAGGGAUAUCAAGUAGGGGAAGAUUUAGAGUGUUUGACUAUUCAAGCAACAGUGUUAAUUAGAAUAAAGUGUUUGGUUUGACCUGCUCCACCCUCCACUUCUGUCCUCAUUUAACAAGACAAUUGUAUGUUGCCUGUCCCAAAGAACCCAGGUGUCUUCCUGUGAGCCCAGAUCUUGUCUAUCACAUUCUUUCGCUGCAAUUUCUGCCAUGAAAGAGGGGGGGCAAGUUCUAACACUGGACAUUCUGGAUUUGUCUUUAAUUUUGACAGAGCAUUGUACUUGUGCUUGAGCAAGGAACGGGAAUUUUACUUCUACACAGACAAAAUUUCAUGCACUAGUCACUCCUGGUUGUGCUGACCAGUGCUGACGUCAGUAGAGUACAAAAGUACAAAAUCAUAUAGUGCCAAAUAUUGCCCUUGGUAUACUUUACAGCUUUAUACUAUCUUGAAUGAUACGAUCUGUGGCCCUGACUUGGUUAAAGCGUUCAAAAAAGGAUAAGAAUGGCACUAAUGCAUAUUUUUUUAUUCUAAGAAAAACAUAAAAUAUUAACAAGCUUAUCUGUGAAAGGUGCAGCCAAAUGGACUCAAAUUACAAUUGCUUAUAAUUAGUUGGUAGUGCAGAGCUUGGACACAGCUAAUGUUUUAACCUUGUAAGAUGGUACAUUGCAAUGCCCGUGGUUUGUUCAGCUAAAUGUAAGAUCAUUAGGAGUGAUUCCUGUGAGAGAAGAGUGUUUCAACUUUAGGUUUUACUUUCAGAGCAUCCUCAGGAAGAGGUGGAGGUGUUACCAACAACAGCAAGUAUGGAAGCUGAUUGGUCAGAAACAAAGAUUACAUUGUCACAGACCCCGGCAGUGGUGAUUUGUAACACUGAACAUCAACACAUGUUGCAACACAUACAAAUCACAGCAAAACUACAAACGCACAAACUCAUAGAAUCUAUUGGAUAGAUUCACUUAACUGUUACAUCCAGCACGGAUUGUUUAUUUAUUGUAUGUUUGUGUUCUCUCAGCUUUAAAUUGGUGGGUUCAUUCAGGCUGCUGGUUUGGUUAGAGUCUCAUGUAAUACAGGCUUUGGAGUAUUUUGAUAAUACAAAACAUGCUGUUGUUCCAAUAAGUUUCAACUGAAAGUGAUUUUGAGUCUAAAAAGCUAACUUAAACUUUCAGAGGAAACUCAGUUCUAUUGAGAAAUGUUGUGGGAUAGUUAACCUGUAAACCUAUACUAUACAAUAAUGUUAUUUUAUUAUUAUACAACGAUAAUGUUUAGUGUGCACAAGAAAUUGUAGUUCAAAGAGGGCACCAGAAAGCUUUUAGUGUACAUCGUUUCAACUGUGCACUAGAAACUUGGAAAUGUGGAAUUUCUUUUGUGCAUGUAAUCUAAGGAGCUCUGCAGGUAUUUUAUUAUUAUUAUUAUUAUUAUUAUUAUUAUUAUUAUUAAAACAAUUGAAUUUUCCAAGCCAUACCUACUGGUGACGCCUGUCAUACAAGGUAUUAGUAUGAAAGGAAUACAGGAAUAUUAAGGGUAAUGGGUUGAUUCAUCAUCAGUAUCACAUUGGUUUGAUGUUACCAGCAAACUCCCCAAACAUGACAUACUGCUUUUGCAUGAAAAGUGUGUUUUUCUUCUUUCUUUUUUUGUGGAACUGAACUUUGAUUAAGGUUAGAAUAAAAGAAAUGUCUGAAUUCCACAACUGAAGUUGCAUUCUGAGGUCUUUCAGAUUAAACUCCAAUAACUCAAACUUUUGUUUUUCAUGUAGCCCUAAUCCUCUUGCAGAAGGUUUGAUUGUCUUCUUGUCAGUGGGCACAGAUAGUGUAAAGUUUUGUGUGAUUUCAUUGCAGACUUUUUUUCUCAGGGGGCAGAACAGUACAUCUCAAAGUUUUCCUGCUGGUCAGACUGGCUGGUUAGUGUGAAGUGUGAAUGGUAGGACCUCUUACCAAGUCAUCACUGUGGCUCCACAUUGUUAUCAUCUGUAUGCUGAUGUGUUUGUCAUUGUGGAACAUUUUGGGCCAUAUAACGGCUCCCUUCUCUUGGCUGUAAAAGUUCUGCUUGUCGUGACCUUGUACAAAUUUGUGAGAAAAGCUCUGUGUUUCAGCACAUGAUUUAAAAAUCUUGAGAGUGAAAACUUGUGUGACAUAUUUAUGAUUACAAAGCAAAUAUUUGAUGUUUUAUAUAUGCACUGCUAGGUUUGUUUAAUCAGUUUUAAAAUAAAACCAAAUGUUUAAAAACGUCUGUAGCAUAUUCAAUUGGUAAAUUAAAUUGCAUUUAAAAAAUUGAAAAAGUUGAUGAUUAUGGCAAAUAUACAUUACUUAUGCUUAACUUGAUACAGGUAAGUAAAACU